AUGGCUACUACUGCUUCCCACGAGGCGGGUGUUGAACCGUUCUUUAAGCAGAAGAUCCAGGAUUUCGAGAUCCAGGUCAAUGACAAGACGCAAAACUUGAGAAGACUCGAGGCCCAAAGAAACGCUUUAAACUCCAAAGUGAGGGCUUUGAAAGACGAGCUGAAACUCCUGCAGGAACCAGGAUCGUACGUCGGCGAGGUCGUCAAGGUGAUGGGUAAGAAGAAAGUUUUGGUGAAGGUCCAUCCAGAAGGUAAAUAUGUUGUCAAUGUGGCGAACGACAUCGACAUCAAGAAAAUCACCCCAAGUUUGAGAGUCUGUCUCAGAAGCGAUACAUAUGAAUUACAUCAGAUUCUGCCAAACAAGGUGGAUCCAUUGGUCUCGCUAAUGAUGGUGGAAAAAGUGCCGGAUUCCACUUAUGACAUGGUGGGUGGUUUGGACAAACAAAUCAAGGAGAUUAAAGAAGUGAUCGAGCUACCAGUCAAACAUCCAGAACUGUUUGAGAGUCUGGGUAUUGCGCAGCCAAAGGGUGUGAUUCUUUACGGUCCUCCAGGUACCGGAAAAACGUUGUUGGCCAGAGCAGUUGCUCACCACACAGACUGUAAAUUUAUCAGAGUGUCUGGAUCCGAGCUGGUUCAGAAAUACAUCGGUGAGGGUUCCAGAAUGGUGAGAGAACUGUUCGUUAUGGCAAGAGAACACGCGCCAUCGAUCAUUUUCAUGGACGAGAUCGAUUCCAUCGGAUCUUCCAGAGUGGAGAGCUCCUCGGGCGGAGGAGACUCUGAGGUGCAAAGAACAAUGUUGGAGCUGUUGAACCAAUUGGACGGUUUCGAGUCGACCAAGGAUAUCAAGAUCAUCAUGGCAACCAACCGGUUGGACAUUCUGGACCCAGCUCUUUUGAGACCAGGAAGAAUAGAUAGAAAGAUCGAGUUCCCUCCUCCAACACUGAAUGCUAGAACAGACAUUUUGAAGAUCCACUCCAGAUCCAUGAACCUCACCAGAGGUAUUGAUCUGAUGAAGAUUGCCGAGAAGAUGAACGGCUGCUCGGGUGCCGAGAUUAAAGGUGUCUGUACCGAAGCCGGAAUGUACGCUUUGAGAGAAAGAAGAAUACAUGUUACACAGGAAGAUUUCGAGCUUGCAGUUGCCAAGGUGAUGAACAAGAAUGACGAAGGUGCCGUUUCCAUUGCGAAAUUAUUUAAGUGA